ACAUGCAAAAUACUCAUGGAUUUGAUGCUUCUGGUGAUCUACGUAGCACCGACACUUGUGAAGGGGCUGGAACUGAUACCCUCAGAAAAUUUCACAUCUUUAUCUGUUAUGCAAGCUGUUGGAUCUAUCAUGACAAACAAAUACAGUGAAGGUUAUCCUGGAGCAAGAUAUUAUGGAGGAAAUGAGUACAUUGACAUGGCAGAAACACUAUGCCAGAAGCGUGCCCUUGAAGCAUUUCGGUUGGAUCCUGCUAAAUGGGGAGUGAACGUGCAGCCUCUGUCUGGUUCACCUUCAAACUUUCAAGUUUACACCGCAUUGCUGAAACCUCAUGAUAGAAUCAUGGCACUUGAUCUCCCUCACGGAGGACAUCUUUCUCAUGGAUACCAGACCGACACCAAAAAGAUAUCUGCAGUCUCUAUAUUUUUUGAGACAAUGCCUUAUAGGUUGGAUGAAAGCACAGGAUACAUUGACUAUGACCAGCUUGAGAAAUCAGCUACACUCUUCAGGCCAAAAUUAAUAGUUGCCGGUGCUAGUGCCUAUGCACGUCUGUAUGAUUAUGCACGCAUACGCAAGGUGUGCGAUAAACAGAAAGCUGUGCUGUUAGCAGAUAUGGCACACAUCAGUGGAUUGGUUGCAACUGGUGUUAUUCCUUCACCUUUUGAUUAUGCAGAUGUAGUGACAACCACAACUCACAAGUCACUUCGUGGCCCACGUGGAGCUAUGAUCUUUUUCAGGAAGGGAUUAAAAGAAGUCAACAAAAAAGGAAAUGAGGUACACUCUUGAAGGCCUUAACAAAAUUCAAAGUCCACAAUUCACUUAACUUGAGAAGUUACUCUCCCUCUAUCUUCACAGAGGAAGAUGCACCAUUUUCCGUCUACUCUAAAAUUAACAAGAGUGAUUAUAUGCUGAAAAAAACAAUGUAUAACUAGAAAGAAUGUUACCAAGUUUUACUCUUAUAGUAGUAGACCUUUAGCAAUCA